CGCAGUACGCUCGACCCCCCGGAAGUGUGAGCUUCUAAUUGGCUUCACUUGUCUCCGUUGAAUCCAACGGGGUCGCUGUGUCCAUUUCUUUUACUGUCUAUGGCAGAAACCACCGAGUUGUGCCAUUAUUUGUUUUCAUGGCUGAUCAUUUAAAGUCAAAUUAUAAUUAAGUUACUUCCGUGUUGUUUUCGAUCUAAAGCUGUAGGCCCAGUUCUACAGGGUAUUAAAAAUGUUAAAGGGCAAUUCAUCAAGCGAACAAAACUACGUGUUGAAGGAGCUUGAACUCGGAUCAGAUGCAUGCACAGGUUUAAACUCAGCCGUGGUUGAGGAGAUCUUACUGAAUCUGCCUGCAGAGGAUGUGGUAUUAAAGUGUCGUUCAGUGUGUCGUGAAUGGAAGCUGCUGGUGGAUUCACAGUCACACUGGAGAGAGCGCUGUCGGAGAGAGGGGAUCGAGCCCUGCAAUGCGUCCAGAACUCCGGCAGACUGGUGUCUGUUUUACUUUAUGACUAAGAAAAGACGUAACUUACUAAAAAAUCCCAGAGCUGAGGAUGAAUUCAAUGGAUGGAUCAUUGUAGAGAAUGGUGGAGACCGCUGGAAAAUAGAAGAGGUUUGUAAACCACUUCCAAAUGACAAGAAUGACAAAUGCUUUGCCACCUCUUAUGGGUUGUGUUUAAAGCAACAGCUGAUUAAUCUAAAAGAAGAGGGUUACAGUCCUGCUUUCAUGGAUCAAAUGCAACCUGAUAUCAAAAUAUCAGACUGGUAUGCCCCACGCUGGGAUUGUGGGUGUUAUUAUGAGAUCUUUGUAGAUCUGCUAGAUGAGAAAAUGAAUCCCAUCACUGUCUUUCAGCCUGAAAAAGUUUUCUUUGAACAGUGGAAUGAUAAAACCUGGUGUCAAAUGACACACGUCUUUAAGAAUUAUGGACCUGGAGUUCGGUUUAUUCGUUUUACUCAUGGGGGACAGGAUACACAGUACUGGGCAGGCUGGUAUGGAAUACGGGUUAUAAACAGUAGUGUAGAGAUCUGUCCAGCUGCUGAGAGAUAAAUGGUUUUAUUAUAUUAUAUUCAGUCACUGAUAACGAAAAAUAACUAAAAUGUUUGUACUGAUAAAAAGUUUAUCUUAUUCUUCUUGUGUGUUAUGUUUGUUGCAUUUUAAUAUGUGUAUAUAAAUCCAAAUUUAAACAUGCAUGUCUGGGACUAGGGUAUAUACAGUUCGGUCAAUAAAUAUUUGGACAGAG